AAGAGAAGUAUCUAUCCGAACUAUAUUUAUUCAUAUUUGUAAUACUUCUUUUAAUCUAAUCUAAUACUUCUUCUCUAUUUAGUCUAACAAUUUCAUCAAACUAACAAACUACUAAAGUUGUUUUUCAGAAACGUUAUUCUGCUGCUUUAUUGAUUUCAAAAUGAGUGUUAUCGACAACCACCAUGGUGAUCUACUAGAUGAAAAUUUGGAAAUCACAAAUAAUCGAGCUAUAUCUCCCGAAGAUGUUUUAAGCUUAAAUAAAUAUACAGAGUCCUUUUUGUGUACCUCAAGUGCAAACAUUUACGAAAUUGAUUUUACUAGAUUUAAAAUACGAGACUUUCAAACAGGAGAUGUAUUGUUUGAAAUAGCUAAGCCUCCGUUUGUACAUACUUCAGAUAAAUAUGAUAUAGACAAUUCAUCUGAAGAACCUGGACGAUAUAUAAGAUACCAAUUUACUCCUCAAUUUUUAAAAUUGAAGACUGUAGGGGCCACAAUUGAAUUCUCUGUAGGAAAACAACCAGUACCUAAUUUUAGAAUGAUAGAAAAAUAUUUUUUUAAAAAUCAUCUUCUUAAAACCUUUGACUUUGAAUUCGGAUUUUGUUGCCCCUUUUCAAAAAAUACAUGUGAACACAUUUACGAGUUUCCUGCUCUCCCACCUUAUUUAGUUCAGGAAAUGAUUGACUGCCCAUAUGAGACUCGAUCAGAUAGUUUUUAUUUUGUUGACAACAAACUAAUAAUGCACAACAAAGCAGAUUACGCAUACAACGGAAAAAUAGAUAAAAUUAAUUAAACAUUGAAUUUAUCGUUUGAUUACAAUGCAAUUGAAAAAGCCUUACUUGUGUGAUUUUUUUAAAGAGCUAAAAUUGCUUUUUAUCAUUUAAAUAUAAAUUCAAGAUUCUAUCAUAUUUAUUUACUGUUAAAUUCACAUUAUUACAUUAGAACACAUUGUAAUAAAGAAAAGA